AUGGACCAGGUACAUACAUUGCAGGAGAUGCAGCGCAAUCUGGUGGCAUUGCUGGGAGGGCAGCUGCGAGGUUUCGCGACCAGCAGCCGAUGUAUGCGCGAGAAGAUCAAAGUGGCCAAUCCGGUUGUGGAUCUGGAUGGCGACGAAAUGACCCGGAUUAUUUGGGCUGAAAUUAAGAAAAAACUUAUUUUGCCGUAUCUCGACAUUGACAUCAAAUACUACGACCUUGGCUUGCCGAAUCGUGACCGAACAGACGACCAAAUCACACAUGACGCAGCAGAGGCAAUCAAGAAGUAUAAUUACAAAGCGACGGACGCUGUUGUAAGCCAAGGAACGAAAUUUGAACUGUGCGAAGUUGCUGACGGACCGGAGAAGCGUCACGAUGUGUUCACAUUCAAUGACAGCGGCGGAGUUAUCAUGGGAAUGUAUAACACUGAUGAGGUUAAAUUUUUGAACUCUUUUCUCGUAAACUCACAUCCAUACGCUUGGCUGUGGCUUGGGAUUGCUGGUAACUUGGCAAGAUCAAGUCAGGGCAGGCAGAUUUCUUACCUUGGGAUGCUGCGUAUAUCUCGCGAUUUGUCACACAACCGAGGCGAAAAAUAA